GCAAUGCAAUAACCCUCACUACUGUCUGCCGGAAAUAGGAAGUAGAAGAAGCCACAGAGCUGCUUGCUAAUGUUGCUAACAAACACGGAAGCAGCUCAGCGUGCGAACUGGUAGCAUUAAAUCUACAAAAGAAGACGCCUUUAAUUGCGUUGAAAGCUUUCAGGCUUGGAUCCGAGGUCCUGUGCCAUUUUUUACAUUUUUUUUUUGAACUCAUCAUUUACUACUAUCAUGGCUGCAUCCCCAGUUUAGAGUUUUAUUUUUGGCUAAAUUAAGGAAUUGGAGGCGGAUGGACUAAGUUUUGGAUUGGGACUAGGAUUAGGAUAAGGAAGGAAGGACCAUUUCCACAGCUAUUUGUGAAAACAAGAGGUGAUCUUAAAGUCUGCAGGUGCCCCCAUUCUGUGUCAGCAGUGCCACUCACUCAACCACCAUGUCAGAUGGCCGGAUCUACGUGGGGAAUCUUCCCGUGGAUGUCCAGGAGAGAGAUAUUGAGGAUCUCUUCUACAAAUAUGGAAAAAUCCGUGAUAUUGAAUUGAAGAACAAUAGAGGCACUAUCCCAUUUGCCUUCGUCCGAUUUGAAGACCCACGGGAUGCAGAUGACGCUGUCUAUGGAAGGAAUGGAUAUGGAUAUGGAGAUUCCAAGCUGCGUGUAGAGUAUCCUCGAUCCGCUGGUGCUAAAUUUGGUGCUAUGGGAGGUGGUGGAGGAGGAGGAGGAGGAGGAGGAGGAGGAGGAGGAGGACCUAGGGGAAGAUUUGGACCCCCAACUCGAAGAUCUGAAUUCCGGGUCAUAGUGUCUGGGUUACCACCAACUGGGAGCUGGCAGGAUCUGAAGGAUCAUAUGCGCGAGGCAGGAGACGUUUGUUUUGCAGAUGUGCAGCGUGAUGGUGAGGGUGUGGUGGAAUUUCUCCGUAGAGAAGACAUGGAGUACGCAUUACGUAGACUGGAUCGGACUGAGUUCCGGUCACAUCAAGGAGAGACUGCGUACAUCCGCGUCUACGAGGAGAGGGGCACCCCCAACUGGGGUCGGUCGCGUUCCCGCUCCAGAUCCAGAGGACGUUAUUCACCUCCCUACCAUAACAGAGGAUCUCCCCCUCCACGCUACCAGUCACCUCCGCGCCAUGCUAUGUCACGCCAUAGCCCACCCCCCAGGAGGCACCCUCCACAGCACCAUAGCCCACCGCCGCGCCAUUACCGGUAGAAAGGCCUGUCAUUUAUAGAGGAAUUGGGAAACUGUUUUGUAUUCUACUUUUUAUUUUAUUUUAUUUUUUUUUUUACCCCAGGCCUCCUCAUAGGAUAGUUAUUUCUUGCUACAUACAUUCCAUGGUCAGGAUCACCUGAACACCCUGCUCCUCCCCACAGCCUUAAAGAUUCUUUUUCUUUGUUCUUUAAACACCCAUAUGUGUUAUCUGAAAGCAGGAUUGUUGUUUUCAUAGUGAGGUAAAUGUAUUUGAUCAUUGUAUAACAAAUAGGAGGUUUCUUUUAUAAAGAAAUCAUGGGUUGUGAUGUCAAACCUUGGCAGGAACCAGUACACACGGAAUGUUAUAUUGUCCAAAACAAAUUACACAAUUCUGCAGCUAUCAGGCUAAAGAUCAUACUCCAUCUUAAAUUCUUGACAAACGUUUCCUUUUUUUGUGUCAUAUUGUUGUAGCUUUAAGUAUAAAGUUUUUGCCAAUCUAAGAACCUGUGAAGCUAAUCAAUAUCCUCUGAUUCAAAAAAUGUAAAAUUAGUGAGCGUUUUAGAGUAGUGACACAUGUUGACUGUGAGCCUCACCUGUCAGAUUAUUUUUUUAAUGUGUGAACCGCUGACCGAGGUGGCCUGUAGGUGGACUAUAAUUUGUAUGCAUCUCUAAUGUUGUUUUGUUUUUUCUUUACCAAUAAAAUGCAAACUUUUA